UUAUGCUCGCUCUCCACGGAUUCGUCGGGCCAACUGAAUGUCCUUGGGCAUGAUGGUGACGCGCUUAGCGUGGAUAGCGCACAGGUUGGUGUCUUCAAACAGACCAACAAGGUAAGCUUCGCUAGCCUCUUGAAGAGCCAUCACAGCAGAGCUCUGGAAACGCAGAUCGGUCUUGAAGUCCUGAGCGAUUUCUCGCACAAGACGCUGGAAGGGCAGCUUGCGGAUCAACAGCUCGGUAGAUUUCUGAUAGCGACGGAUCUCACGAAGAGCGACCGUACCAGGCCUGUAACGAUGUGGUUUCUUAACGCCACCCGUGGCAGGAGCACUCUAACGAGCUGCCUUUGUGGCGAGCUGUUUGCGUGGCGCUUUUCCACCGGUUGAUUUACGAGCAGUUUGCUUUGUACGAGCCAUGUUUUUCGUUUCAAGAGGAUCGUUGAGGAUAAAAUGAUCAAUAAAUUAGUUUAUUCCACUAUAAUUUUAGAAUUUUAUACAUGACGGGCUACAUUCUGAUUGGUCGAAAAAUAUCUUUUUCUGAUUGGCGAAGAAAAUCCUUUGUAAUAUUUUGAAGAAAGUAUCAACGGUUCAUGCCGACGGAGUUGGAUCCCAACAAACUUUACGCUAUCUCGAGUCGUUUUUCCAAGACGUUUCGCAUUAGAAAAUACAUAUAACCAUCGCAAAAGUAAUAAGUAAUUGGUGUACUUUAAACACCUUCUCUUUUUGACUAAAUGAAUUACACUUCUAUGAAUAUUGUGCCAUGAACAUGCAAAGCUCUCUUUGUAGAACUGAUUAUGCGCAUAUAUUACAUCUGUGUGUGUAUAAUUGCUCUUUGGACUUGGUUUACUUUUGUUUUAAUCUGACUAAUAAAAAUAUUACUAAGUUUUCGGAGAGGUCCACUUUUUUGGUAUAUAAGCCAGGCAGAACACCUUUUUGGAAAUCAUUUUAGUUAGAGAGCUACAACAUGUCCGGUCGCGGUAAAGGAGGCAAAGGUCUAGGAAAAGGAGGCGCCAAGCGUCACCGAAAAAUCCUUCGUGAUAACAUCCAAGGCAUCACCAAGCCAGCCAUCCGUCGUCUUGCUCGUCGUGGCGGUGUCAAGCGAAUCUCUGGACUGAUCUACGAAGAAACCCGAGGUGUUCUCAAAGUUUUCCUUGAGAACGUGAUCCGUGAUGCCGUGACGUACACCGAGCACGCAAAGAGAAAGACCGUGACAGCCAUGGAUGUAGUAUACGCUCUUAAACGCCAGGGACGUACUCUGUACGGAUUUGGUGGCUAGAUUCCACCGUCUACACAAACCAACGGCUCCUUUAGGAGCCACCAUAUCCUAUGAAAGUCAUAACCAAUUCUCCAGUACAGUACUUAACUCUUUCUUCCUACACUGCUUGAAUUCGUAUUGAAAGGACGGGUUUCCGUAGCGCUUCUACGGUACAUGUGGACGGGAAAACUAUUUGAAGUAACCGCCAACGGCCUCUCCUACUAUUUGACACACCAAAACAUAAGACUUUUUCGACGCGAAAGGAAUCAAAGUCAUGAAGCUGGUAUUGAGCAAAAUUUCAGCAAAGUUUUGAAAACUGUUUCAAAUUUCAGCCCUGGUUGCGCACGCUUGUGCAAUCCGAUGUUAAUGACUCAAAAGUGAUUUUAAUGUCUUUUACUUUACAAUGUCUCGGAAAUCUUACUUCAUUUCGUCACGGGUUUACUGUAUAUACUAAGAACUAACGGCCUCCGCGCGUAUCGAUUAUGUUGGUCGUUCAUGGGUGACUCGUCACCAAAGAACAAGUAGUAGGAACGCAUCGGCCAGAGAGCUCGCACACCAAAUCAGUUAAUACAAAGCUCCAUGAAAGAUACAGUGUUCAAUCCUAGAAAUAAAAAUGCAGCCUAAUGAUAACUUGUUCCUUUCGUAAUCCGUACUUUAAGUCAUGUGCCGCGUUCUAGUAAGCGUAAUUGAUCUCUGGAACGUUUGCUGACAUUAAUGUCUGUCAACUUCUUAGAAACCAGUUGCGUUUAUUGUGCCUUGUGGUACUUUUCGGUACAAAGCGAUAUCUUUGCGCAAAGGUUUUAUUCAAAGUCAAAAUGGUGGGAAAUAAAGCGCCGAGCGAAGCAUAAUUAUGUUAGCUUUAUUUUGUGCUAAUUAGUUUUUAUGCCGCUCAUUCGAAUUUAUUCGCAUCUUUUACUAGAAUGUAAUCUAAGUAGAGACACUUCAAUCUUUCCAAAAUAAGAGUAAGGUACCUCAGUCGAGCGACUCGACUUGUUCUCUUGUAUUUGUCUACAGAAAUCGUAGGGCUAAUUAAUCUAUUUGCAAGGUAUAUGGAAGGCAGAGAUAGAGCAAGAAAGCAAUAGGCGACAAAACCGUUUGUAGUAACCACUAAACGCCACCACAGUUUGAUUCACUGAAUGUUAAGUCGUCUGUUACAAACCACUUCAGUGAGUAACUAGGGGGUUGGUUGGUUGGCUACUUAUGUAUGGAUGGCUGCGCACGUUUGUUAAAAAAUUACCUUUGCAAUACUCUUCAUGCUAACUCAUGUGGUCUACUUAACAUCGCAUGAAAACUAAAGUUUACCGGGAUAGCAUCUCAUUAUCGGCAACUAUUAAAACAAGUACUUCGUGUUCAACGUUAAAACUGCACUCAUUUAGAUGCGGUUAAAUUUUGCGCUCCAUUCAAAAGUGUUCUUAAAAUUUACAUGUCAAUAGUUAUGUUGGCUUUCGAAUGGUAUAAUCGAAUUGACGCAGGAUACGCUCGAGAAAGCGCGUACGCUAUGACAGUUAGUAGAGAUGAAGCUUAAAGAAUACUCUGGAGUGCAUAACUCACUGAAACCGGAUGUAAAUUAUCUUAUCUUAGUGCACGUUUAGAAAUAAAAGCGUUAUUUGGAAAGAUAAAUUUACCGAGAAAGUUUAUCUUUCCGCGUUGUUUUAACUACUUGCAGUACUCUUUGGUAGUUGAGACUUUAAAGCGAGUUAUUGGUCAUGACUUUUAUAGCAUUUGGUGGCUCCUAAAGGAGCCGUUUGUGUAAAUGAAAGCUGGAUUAAGCUUUCUGUUUCUUCUCGGUUUUCUUGGGAAGAAGUACAGCCUGGAUAUUGGGAAGAACACCACCUUGCGCGAUAGUGACACCGGCGAGCAGUUUGUUCAACUCUUCGUCAUUUCGGACGGCCAGCUGAAGGUGACGGGGAAUGAUUCUUGUCUUUUUGUUGUCACGAGCAGCGUUUCCAGCCAACUCAAGGAUCUCAGCGCUCAAAUACUCAAGCACAGCAGCCAAGUACACUGGGGCACCAGCACCAACACGCUCAGCAUAGUUGCCUUUCCGAAGAAGACGGUGGAUACGACCCACAGGGAAUUGAAGCCCUGCUCGGGAUGAUCGGCUCUUGGACUUGGUGCCCUUUGCCUUUCCUUUACCGCGACCAGACAUGUUUUCAAAGUUAACAGAAACCUUCUAGUGAAGUGAAAGUUCAAAUUUUGGCAGAAAGCAAUAUUUGUAGAUUAUUUCAAAGUCUGUAGGAUCGAAAGGCACCAAUCAAGGCUCUCGGUUCAAUUUUCAAAGAAGCUUUGUUUUCAUGUGACAUUGCAACACGUGGCUAAGUGUAAAAGACAUCUGUAUAUCCAUGUUUUUAGCCAAUCAAAUAACUUGAUUUUCGAUCCGUAUGUUAAUCGAUCCUUACCCUAUUCUGUUAUAAAUAUCAAGUGCAUAGAGUAUUCAGGCAUUUCUAAACCAUAUUGAAAUACAGACAUGGCCCCCAAAGUUGCAGGUAAGAAAGGCGAGAAGAGAGCCGGAAAGGCAAAGGCUCCAUCUGAUGGAAAGAAGAAGAGGAGAGGAAAGAGAAAGGAAAGCUACGCUAUCUACAUCUACAAGGUGUUGAAGCAAGUUCACCCUGACACUGGUAUCUCUAGUAAAGCCAUGGGCAUCAUGAACUCGUUCGUCAACGACAUCUUCGAGCGCAUCGCCACCGAAGCUUCCCGCCUUGCCCACUACAACAAGAAAUCAACCAUCAGCUCCCGCGAGAUCCAAACCGCUAUCAGGCUGCUUCUGCCCGGUGAACUGGCCAAACACGCUGUCAGUGAAGGAACGAAGGCUGUGACCAAGUACACCAGCAGCAAGUAA